CUACCUCAUAUGCUGUCAGGUGUCGCGUCUGUGCACCAUCAUCUCGUUUCCUCACUGACGAGAUCUAUAUAUCUAUAUAUUUAUUUAUUUAUUGUGGUGUUUUUUUUUUCUUGGCAAGCCGCAGUCUUCUUUGCAGAUGCCAUGUUUGAGCAGUGAGCAUGGCGGAAAAUCAUCUCGAGUACGGCUACCUGGAGGGCGAGUCCAUCGGGGAGCAUUUCGCCGAGGACCCGGAGCUGGCGGCCAUCAAGGCGAGGGUUCAGGAGCUGGAGAUGGAAGAAGAAACGGAGAGACUGAAGGAGGAGGAGGAGAGGUGCGACAUGGGGGAGAUGCAGCUCCUGACCAGCAGCCCUCGGCCUGGGCCUUUCUACAAUAUGACCCCUGAGGAGAGGAUAGACGCAGACAACAGAUCAGUCUAUGUUGGAAACGUAGACUAUGGAGCUACUGCAGACGAGUUGGAGAUCCAUUUCAAUGGCUGCGGCCCCGUCAACAGAGUUACCAUCCUGUGUGACAGAUUCUCCGGCCAUCCCAAAGGCUUUGCUUACAUUGAGUUCUCUGAUCGUGACUCUGUGCACAGCGCCAUUGGUUUGCACGAGACCUUGUUCAGAGGAAGAGUCCUCAAGGUAAUGCCCAAGAGGACCAACAUGCCAGGCAUCAGCACCACAGACCGAGGAGGACACCGAGGUGGCCACUCCAGAGGCAGGGGCCGUGGUUACCGUCCACCCCGAUACCAGAACAGCUCUCGAGGAAGGUUCCGAUACCAGUCGACCAGGCCACAACAUCAAACACCCCACCCUUAUUACGGAGGAGGCCCCUCAGUGGGGAAAAGACAGUGGGGACACAUGGACUACCACGAACAGAUGCCUAAACGUUACCCGUGUCUUCUUCUCAUCACUCCACCGUCAGAGGAGCUGGGGGCAGGGUCGAGUGGACAGCACUACCCUCAACAGCGCUAGCACUACCCACAGCACACACGCUGAAGUGGGCGAGUAGAACUGCUAAUUUUAAAGAAGCGUUUCCAGGCAUUACUGAGUUGAGCAUCUUGUGAGAGCCAGAAUGGACAGCAGAUGACUUUGCAUCCCUUCGUCAGAUCUUCAAGUAGGUGAGACGUGAAGAAUGAAGACUGGGGUCAGAGACGUUGCAGUAUAAGUUUAUGUUGCUGUGAAUGCAUGGGAGAAUCCUCAAAUUGUUUGCGUCUCUUACAGUUUUUACAAAUUGAUGCGAAUGUAUUGUGUUGCUGCCUGCAAUGUUAUGUAUAAAUCCUCCCUAUGUAUAACUAGUUCUUUACUAUGUAAGUGAAUGAAUAAAUAAAACAAUGAUCCAGA